AGGAACCAUGUGGCACUCCAAGAUAAGACAAACAGUUGCUAAUUUGAGUCUAAAAGCAGGAAAUGUGAUACUUUUUAUUUCCUUCUAUGCAAGCACAACAAUGUGACUGGGUGUGUGAACGCAUUUCUUCUCCUGCUGAAUCGCAGACAUAUCAAAAUCUAGUGCUUCAUCGUGGACAUACCAGUUUCACAAUUAUUAUUUUGGAUGUUAUGGAUAAAAACGGUACUCAUUCGGAUAGUUCAUGGCCGCCAAACUUUUGGGGUCAGAUGAUAAUAGCCUUCUCGGUGUCCAUGGUGAUUGGAUUGGUGAUUGGAGGGAUAAUCUGGGCUUUGUUUACUUGCCUGUCCCGUCGCAGAGCCAGUGCGCACAUUUCACAGUGGAGCUCAUCAAUCUCUAGCCGCCGUUCCAGACCUGCUUCUCAGGGCCAUGCUGCCAACAGGACUGGAUUCUACCGUAACAACAGCUGUGAACGUCGUAGCAAUCUCAGCCUGGCCAGCCUCACCUUCCAGCGACAAGCCUCCCUGGAGCAAGCCAACUCCUUCCCAAGAAAGUCAAGCUUCCGAGCCUCCACUUUCCACCCCUUUUUGCAAUGCCCUCCGCUCCCUGUGGAAACUAACAGUCAGCUGAUUACUCUGUCUCCCACCAGCACCACCACUACCCUUGUGGGGACCACCACCAACAGCUUAACUCGUCCUGAAUUCCACUGGUCCAACAACAGCCUCCGCAUCUGUCAUUCAACACAAACACCUCCUCCUGCCUAUGAGACCAUCAUUAAAGCUUUUCCAGACUCUUGAGCUGAAGUCUUUCUUUGUUUCUUUAAAAGGAGGACUCUCCAUCAUCUGAAGCAGAUUUUCUGUAUGCUCUAAAGGCCUCUGGGAAGCUCCCUGGUGCUGUGGCAUGCUGCAGGCAAACAGAAGGGACAUGCACAGAUGACACUGAUUUGCUAGGGCAAGGUGUGGUAUCCUGCAGCCCCAAGGAUCUUACCCCUCCUCCCCCACCAACUGAACUGGUCUGCAGUGUAAUUCUAAAUUUAUAUUAUACCUUUAAUCUGUAAUCAUUGUAAGGCUUUUAGUUUAGAAGAAAGAAACUUCUGCAGGCUACAAAACUGGCAACUUAAAGGAAGAAACGAGCCACAUGAGGAACCAUUUGUUGAUAAUCGCUUAUUAAUUUCCUGCAAAGUUCACCCAUUCAUUAUGUUUGUUAGAAAUCUUGUUCUUGUACAUUUGUCUGUGAGUCUUAAGUUUUCAUUAGAUACUUUCCUUCAUCUCUUAAUCCUGGGCUGGUUCUAUGCCUCCUGAACCACAGGGUUUCCUAUAGCUCAGGAAUCCCUUGGAAGAAGUAGAGUUUAAAGUGGCUUUAGUGUCACAGUCUUGUGGCAGGUACUAGGGCCCCUGUUUUGAUAUUUGUAGGGGGCUCCAAAUGACCACAGGCCAGUCCUGUUUACCACAAAUUCCC